AUGGAAGCAAACCAGAACAUUGCGUUAUUUCUUCAAUUGUUAUCAAACCCGGCCCUUUUACAACAAACACUUGCAGCAGUUACUCAAAACUCCCAAUCUACUAUGGUGCCGACUUCUUCUGAACCAAUGCAAACUCUUCUGGCACUAUCAAGUGCUAUCACUAAAAAGCCUGAAGAAGAUUGGAAAGAAUUUUUACAACUGCCUCAUGAUACUUACUGGUCCUAUCAGUUUAAAAAUGAUUUUCCAACAUUUCCUGUUUCUGUUAAAGACUUCGUUUUACAAAAAAUAUGCGAAAAUAUCGUUAGAAAUUGGGAAGCUCAUUUCCAAAGUAUUGCUCCUCCUCCUAAAUGCAAAAAUGCUAUCCCUCCUCCUCCAAGAUUAAAGAAGACAACUCCACCUCAAUCAUUGGUGACUAAUUCUGAUUUAGGCGACAUUGAUGAUGAAAUUGAUACUCAAUUGAUUGCAUCAAAUGAAAAUGAGUCUCCUUCAAGACACGAUAGUUUUACCUCUUCCACUAACAUCGAUGAAUCAGAAUCACCCACCAUUACACCUCGCAAAACAAAAUCUUUAGUUUCUUUAAAAAUCUUUACCCAACCAUCUACGGCAAGGUCCAAUCCAAUUGAAGUCGACAGUGCCGAUGUUAGCAGUGACAAUGAUGCAUCUGAAUUACUUCCCGUUGCACCUCACACAAUGAGAUCUUCAAAAUCUUCAAAUAUUCCAACCGGAUCAUCUGCAACAAGUUCUAAUGCAAAUAAUACUAGUGCUUUAGGUGUAUGUGGAAAUAUUAUAGCAGCAUGCACUGCAUUGGAAGGGUUAGCAAAUACUGAUCCACCAGAAGCCAUCCUUGAAUUGAAUAAUG